AUGUCCGACAACGACGAAGCCACUGCUACAUCCAAGCCCAUAUCCAUCAAGACCGAGGUGACAAGCGCCACACCCGAGUCGAUACCUCACCUUAAAGAUGCCCAUAAACCAAUCGGCCAGGCUCACCCGACAAUGUCGCCGCUCUCGUUGUCUCCGCCAGAACCCCAAAGCAUCGACAAGGCCAUGACGGAAAUGAGUCCGCAAACGCCAGGCACCGAGAAGGCCAUCGCGAGCAUUGCCCCCAUGCUCGAAGGGUUCAUGCCCAAGACCAGCGCCGAGGACUCAGCCUCGAGACUCGGCUCCAUCAGCUCGGGGUCCCUCUACCAUCCCAUGGGGAGCAGCGAAAACGUCAUUGCUGGAGAAGAACUCGUUGCGCAGCCACUCACGACUGAGAAUCUCACUGGGGUCAAGCUGCAUGCUAACUCAUUCAGCGAUGGCUCGAAGCUCAACAAGAGCAUCAGCAACACCAGCAACGCGUCAAGACGCAGCUUCUCGUCUACGGUGAACAAGAACGUUGAGAGCAGCGGCGCGCAAGUGGCAAAGGUUGGCAAGAUUGGAGUCUGUGCGAUGGACGCCAAGGCCUUGAGUAAACCGUGUCGCAAGAUCCUUAAUCGACUCAUUGAGAAUGGAGAGUUUGAAACCGUGAUAUUUGGCGAUAAAGUGGUUUUGGAUGAAGCGAUUGAAAACUGGCCCACUUGCGAUUUCUUGAUUAGUUUCUUUUCCACUGGGUUCCCCUUGGAAAAAGCGAUUGCCUAUGUUAACUAUAGGAAACCGUAUACUAUCAACGACUUGGUUUUCCAAAAGGCAUUGUGGGAUAGAAGAGUGGUGUUGGCGAUUUUGAACCAUGCCGAUGUCCCUAGUCCUACUCGGUUGGAAAUUAGUCGCGAUGGCGGACCAAGGUUGGAAAUGCAGAUGCAGGAGAGAAUGAAGGAGAUUGGGUUUCUGGAUGAAAAAUUGUUUGCAUUGACGAACCAAGUGGAACCGGAUUGGGAAAUGGUGGAUGAAGACACGCUUCGCGUGGGAAAUCAAGUACUUAAGAAGCCAUUUGUUGAAAAACCCGUUGAUGGCGAGGACCACAAUGUUUACAUUUACUACCCCAAGGCCACUGGUGGUGGUGGCAGACGACUUUUCAGAAAGAUUGGCAACAAGUCGUCCGAGUUUGAUCCCAACUUGACCGAGCCGAGAACAGAUGGAUCGUUUAUUUAUGAAAGCUUUAUGGAUACCGAUAAUUUCGAAGACGUCAAAGCUUACACUGUUGGCCCUUAUUUCUGCCACGCCGAAACGAGGAAAUCCCCCGUGGUUGAUGGUAUUGUGAGGAGAAACACGCACGGCAAGGAGAUUCGGUACGUUACCGAAUUAAGCGCCGAGGAGAAACGCAUGGCGAGAGCAGUUAGUGCUGCUUUUAAGCAAAAUAUUUGUGGAUUUGACUUGUUGAGAGUCAAUGGCAAGUCGUAUGUCAUUGACGUGAAUGGGUUUUCAUUCGUCAAAGACAACAACGAUUAUUAUGAUGCAUGUGCAAGCAUCUUGCGGGGAAUGUUUUUGGACGCGAAGAAAUCUCGAGACUUGCUAAAGACCAAGAUCCCCAUGACUUUACAAACGAGUCAAUUUGAACAAAAGGAGCAAAAAUGGGUUUUCAAAGGUAUGGUUACUGUUAUCAGACAUGCUGAUCGUACCCCAAAGCAAAAAUUCAAGUACUCGUUUAAAUCGCCGCUUUUCAUUAGUCUUUUGAAAGGACACACCGAAGAAGUUAUCAUCCGCGCCGUUCCUGAUUUGCAAGUUGUUCUCGAGACGGUGAAAGUAGCCGAAGAGCGGAAGCUUGAAGACCCGAAAAAGCUCAAGCAGUUGCGUAUUGCGUUGGAGAAGAAGAUGAAUUUUCCGGGCACCAAGAUUCAAAUCAAGCCAUCCUUGAAUGCGGAAAACCCCGAGUGCGUCGACAAGGUGCAACUCAUAUUAAAAUGGGGAGGCGAGCCCACGCAUUCGGCGAUGCACCAGGCUUCCGACGUUGGUGAACAAAUGAGGCAGAAUUUGAAAUUGUUGAAUCGCGAGGCUCUUAAUGAUGUCAAGAUCUAUACUUCGUCAGAGAGAAGAGUCAUCACUAGUGCUCAAUAUUUCACCACUGCUUUACUUGGUCUCACUGAAGAACCAUUGCCUGAGGGUUUCCUCAUUGUUCGCAAGGAUCUCUUGGAUGAUUCAAAUGCCGCCAAGGAUCUCAUGGAUAAAGUUAAAAAGAAAUUGAAGCCCUUGUUGAGACAAGGAGCAGAGGCGCCCCCGCAAUUCACAUGGCCACCCAAGAUGCCUCAGCCUUUUGAAGUUAUCAAGCGAGUUUGCGAGUUGAUGAAUUUCCACCACCAAAUUAUGAACUAUAAUUUCGAAACCAAAGACGUGGCCACUUUCCAAGAGAAUUGGUGCUGCGGAGAAGAUCCUUUUUUGUUCAAGGAAAGGUGGGACAAGUUGUUUCAAGAGUUCAUUAGCGUUGAGAAAACCCACCCUUCAAAGAUUUCCGAGUUGUACGACACGAUGAAAUACGACGCGUUGCAUAAUCGCCAUUUCUUGCAAAGAAUCUUUGAAUUUGACCCCAACGAUGAGAAAUUGUUGCAGCGCUUAAGAGAAACUUGCGGCAGCACCGUCAACUCCUCAGGUUUGGUGAGCGAGUAUCCUAUUAACAUCUUGGCCAUGAACAAUUUCAAGAUCCCCUCGGAUAACGGAUCAGCGAUGAGUUCGGCCAACAACUCCAGCGUGCAACUCAACCCAUCAAGUCUGGCUAGUGCUGGCUCGUUGGGGUGGGUCUUGAGUGGUGCUGCUGCCGAGAUCAAAAGCGGCAGCAACAACAACAACUCAAGCGGUACAACAAGUGGUGCAACAAGUGGCACUGCCCUUGCCACGAGCGCAACCGCGGGUUCAACUACAGCACCUACGGGCAACGCGAGCGGCACGAACCCAAGCAGCAGCGCCUCGCAUAAAGGAGCUCAGAAUCCAUUCGACCACGCAACAUUCACCAGAUUACGAGAACUAUACCGCCUUUCAAAAGUCCUUUUCGACUUUAUCUGCCCACAGGAAUACGGCAUCAAAGACGAGGAGAAGUUGGACAUUGGAUUAUUGACCUCGUUGCCGCUCGCGAAGCAGAUUCUUUCUGAUAUCCAAGACAUGAAAAAGGACGCCGCGAGCCCCUCCGUCGUUAGCUACUUCACCAAGGAGAGCCACAUCUACACCUUGUUGAACGUGAUUUACGGCUCGCAAUUGCCGAUGAAGAUUGCCCGCAACGCCUUACCUGAAUUGGACUAUUUGUCCCAGAUUGUGUUUGAGUUGUACGAAGCUGAUGACCCGACUAGCGCCACGGGCAAGAAGCAUUCGAUCCGGUUGAGCUUGAGUCCCGGGUGCCACACCCAGGACCCGCUCGAUGUGCAAUUGGACGAUGAUCAUUAUAUCGGGUGCAUUCCGCGGUUGAGCUUGACUCGACACUUGGAUAUGGACUUGGUUACGCAGCGGUUGAAGUCGAGGUUCUCGAGAGUUAGCUUGCCAAAGAAAUUCACCCCUGUUAACAUCACGAGUCCCUUGAUUAGCGGUUUAUAG